GCAGAUAGACUGUGGCUUUUAGCCUUUUACUAGCAUUGACGCUCCAGUCAGGCCACCACCAUCGUGGAAGAGAAAGAGACAGGCAGACCACGUUAUCAAGCUAGCUGGCUAACCUCAGACCCUCAGCCCGCUGCGUGACAGAGGACCACAAGCCCAGCCCUCGCCACCGGCCCGCUUCCACCAACAACAACAACAACUGGCCUCCGUUACCUGGGCCCCCUCUCAUCUCCAGCCCUGGUCGGUGGAGAUCGACUGCAGUGCCGGCUCCUAACCGUUCUGGCUUCCCUGUCAUGGCAUCAAACAGCAUCUUUGACUCCUUCUCCAACUACAGCAGCAGUCUACUCAGAGAGCCGCCCACCACCAGACGGUUCACGCCGCCCUCCACGUCCUUCCCCUGCAGUAAGCUUGGAGACGGCAACGGGGCCAUGGCCACCCCGGGGCCCCUCAGGUCAAGACCGGACACCAGGAACGUGGUGGACGUCCUGGCGGACCACGCCGGCGAGCUGGUCAGGACCGACAGCCCCAACUUCCUCUGCUCCGUGCUGCCGUCUCACUGGAGGUGCAACAAGACGCUCCCCGUGGCUUUCAAGGUCGUGGCUCUCGGUGACGUCCCCGAUGGGACUCUGGUCACCGUGAUGGCCGGGAACGACGAGAACUACUCGGCCGAGCUGAGGAACGCCUCCGCCGUGAUGAAGAACCAGGUGGCCCGCUUUAACGACCUGCGCUUUGUGGGCAGGAGCGGACGAGGAAAGAGCUUCACUCUGACCAUCACCGUGUUCACCGGACCGCCACAAGUGGCCACGUAUCACCGCGCCAUCAAAGUCACCGUGGAUGGACCCCGAGAACCGCGCAGGCACAGAGUGAAGAUAGAGGACCCCCAGAAGAUGCAGUUCUCGGACAGGCUGUCAGAGAUCGAGCGCUACCAGCGGUCUAUGAGGAUAGGCCCAAUGAGCAAUAACCCCCGCCCCAGCCACCAAACCCACCUAAGCACCACACAAGCCCUGUGGCAGGAGCAAAUGGACACCCCCGCUCUGAAGACAUGCAAGGUGGAGGAGGACCUGAGACCAUGGCCAGGGACUACAGAUCUCUUCAACCAGAGGACCACCUUCCCGUCUCUGUCGCCGCUGACUGACCCUCGCUUCUCAGACCCCCGAAUGCACUAUCCCGGGGCCUUCCCCUACUCCACCAACACCUCCAGCACCGGCAUCAGCGGCCUCAGCAUGUCAGCCUCAUCUAGAUACCACACCUAUCUGCCACCACCCUACUCAAACAACCAAAGCCAGAACUUCCAGUCCAACUCCUACCUGUAUUACGGCACAGGCUCUGGAUCCUAUCAGUUCUCCAUGGUGGCGCCGGGCAACACCGGGGGCGAGCGCUCCCCCACCCGCCUGCUGUCCUGUUCGGGGGCCACAGGCGCUGGAGGGACCAACAGCCUGAUGAAUCCGGGUCUGAACAACCAGAGCGAGGGCGUGGAGGCCGAUGGCAGUCACAGCAACUCCCCCACCGCCAUGAGCGCCUCAGGCCGGCUGGAUGAGUCCGUGUGGAGGCCUUACUGACUGACAGACAGCUAGACAAUCGGAGGUUGCAGGAGGAAGGGAGGGAGGAAAAAGUAAAGAGGAUGAUGAACAAAAAAAAGACACUGAAAGCAAAAAAAAAGAAAAGAAAAAAGCUGCAUGUUUGUCUUUUAUUUCUCCGGCACUCGCUUUAAAGACUUUCUGUUUUACCAACUCGAGACUUCCAUGUAUUUUGUACAUUUUGAGUAAACUCCUGCACUGUGCUAAAACAUGUACUCUUAAAAAGGACUAAAAAAGCCAUAUAAGUUGAGAAGAUGUUCAGCUGAAACUGUAAAUAGACAUGAGGGUAAAACCAGAGAAGCCAUAUUAACGUUUCAGGAUUAUUUGAGGUACUCAUGAAAGAACAAAAGACAAUGGAGGUAUAAUCAAUGAAGAACUGAAAAACCACGGCAUCAGACAGAGCGAUCCAACUCACUUAGUUGGUGGGGACAAGCAGUCGGACUGGGUGUUUGCUCCCUGAGUGACUCCAACAUCCCUCCAAGGCUGCUCUGCUGUAGCAAUCGGCCCUUUUUAAGCUUUAAUUUCUGCAAAAAUUGAAAACAUUGUGUCAGCUGUGAACACAUCUUCAGUUGCAGCCAGGGCUUUUUUUUCAUGUGCCCAUGCAGUAUCUUAUUGCCUAAUUUAUUAUCCAAAUGGACACAUUAGCCUUUGGUGCUACGGUAUGCAGUUUCAACACAAUCUCUACAUCUUUGAGAGAAAAGCAUUUAUGUGUCAGGACUCACAUGUUAAAGACAUGAAUUCUCCUCUGCUGUGUCAUCAGUGUAUCGAGUUUCAAGGGGACAAUGGCUGAUAUUAUGAGGAAUGUAAAAGACUAACGCAGAGGAGUGUUUAUUGGUUUCUUUAUCUGCAGGAGUAUUUAAGUCCUGUUGUGUCUACUCUUUACUUUUUCCUUACAUUUCUUAUCCAGGGCCUUUUCUGGAGAAAAAAAAAAAGUCCUAGUCUGGUAUUUUUUAACUGGAUGACACAGUUUACUUUUGAUAUUUAUUUGAGCCAAAUUGUGAGGAAAUGUGUGCAUAUACCCAAAAUCCUUAAGCAUUUCUCUCUACCUUUUCUUUUUUUAUAUAUACAGUAUAUAAGCCUUAUUUUGUUGUUAAGUAUAAAUUUGGAAUUUGUGUAAUAUAUUGCUACUAAAUUAUGAAAAAAACAAAACCUUUAAUGUAAUUAUUUUGUCUUCCAAUGUAGCUUUGAUGCACUAAAAACUUUUAUUCCUGAUGAACCACGCCCAACAGAUUCUGUUAGUGAGAUGGUGUAUCCAGAGCUGUAAUCCUUUUCCAAAUUGCCUUUCUGCGCUAAAUAAGCCAUUCGCUUAAUUUUUGCACUAUGUUUGAAUUUUCAUUUCUCUUUUUUUUGGUUAUGUAUUUACAAAUAUCUGAAUUUCUGCCGAACUGAAUAAUAAAUAUUCCUUCACUUCUAUUUGCAGAAUACACUUAAAAGUGUCCUUUUAACAAAUCCUCCGCAAAGUAAUUAAUGAUGUCAUGAUUAGACACACACACACACAUUCCUGCGCCACAGGUGUGUGUGCACAUUCCCCCUGUCCGGAGGGCCUUUCCCCCACAGCUACACGUCAUCUCUCGAUCCCUGGAGGAGGUGGAGGAGUGUGAGGAUGAAGGGAGGAGCUGGGGUCAGAGUGGUAUCUUCUUACCAACACCAAGGGCAGUUAUGCAACAAAAAAAAAACGUGCCUUGUUGUGCACAGGUCCCUUUGUUCUGGGUAAUCAGUGAGUGCUUUGAAGCCUUUAUGUCUAAUUUACGGAUCAUUGGUGCCAGGGGCUCACGGCUCGGCCAAUAACUCAAACGCCUGCACAGAUUACCUGGAUGUGAGCUGUGUAAAAGGUGUUUAUAUCAGGUAUCAGGUGUCUCAUAUCUACAAGAAAAGUCUUCCACAAUAAGGAAGCAUCCAUGACUCUGAAAGAUGAGGAUUAAGUUGCUACAAAAGUGAGAUUUAAUUUCAAAGUGAAUCCAAAAAAAGUUUGCAUUUGCAGCUCAGGUCCAAAUAAGUUAUGCAAUGUUUUUAUAGAUCUCACAAAAGACCCUCUGCCUUAUUCCUCUUUUUAAAACAAUCAGUAACAAUGUCUCAUUCCUAUCUCCCUUUCAUUUAGAGGAAACGUUUCCCUGCUCUCUCCUCUGAAGACUUUAUACAGCAGAGGACCUUACUUUAUUAUGGGCUAAAAAAAUCAUGCAGCUAGAGAAACCACAUGUGUACUUAUAUUUGUGUGGUUCCUUCAAAAUCAAACCAAAGAUCUUCACAAACUGCCUGUAGUACUGUCAUGAUGAUGGGAAAGAGGACGUCUCUGUUAAUCUCAAACAUCAUUCUUUAUGCAAAACUAGGAAGCCAAAAUGUACAAGUGAGUUGUAUUUUAUUGUAUAUUGGAUUGCAGAGCACAAUGUUACGUUUUUCCUUGGUUUUCUUUUUACAAGAUGCCCCUUUUCUUUUUCAUUUACCAAAAAUGUUAAUUCAUCUUUGCUCCUUUCAUUUCUCUUUAUGCUCUAAGCAUGUACAUCUGAAACUGAUAUGUUAAUUUAAGAAUCUCAUCUAUGUAUGUAAUGAUAUCGUUAAUGCUUCCAUACUGAGUGCUUGUAAAGUUUGCGGAUAAUGUAGUUUUUAACCAUUUUAAUUAAAAAACCAUGUGUCUCA